AAACAUAUAGUAACCUGGGAACAAAUCCGACGCAACAAGGGUGUCUUCACCAGGGAGAAGUGUAAACUCUUUUUGAAGCAGUGUGUACAGCUAUCUCCUUCAGGGUUCUGGGUCAUUAAGGAUAGAACUGCCAAAAGAUAUGACUUGGCAAACACAAAAUAUUCUGACAUAUUCCUUGGUGAUCCACCUAAACUCCAAGAGACCAAGUCUAAGAAAAUGCCAGCUUUCCUCAAUACUAGCAAUGAUGGGGACAAGAAAGAGGCAAAAGAGAGGAAGAAGAGAGAGAAGAAGGAGGCGAGGGAGAAGCCUGCCGAUGGGGAGUCCAAAAAGAAGGGACGACCUCCUAUGUCUGAGGAGGAGAAGCAGGCUCGGAAGAAAAUGUUAAAAGAUGCCAAAGAAGAAUUGAAAGCAGAGAAGAAGGAAGAAAUUAAGCAAAGAAUAGAGAAAGAAAAGGAAGACAAGAAGAAGGAGAGAGAGAUUAAGAAGGAAGAAAAGAGACUGAAAUUAGAGUACAUUAAGGACUGGAAGAGAAUGCGAGAUGAUCUUGACUGCGAUGACCACAAGGACCUCCCUACGCCCACCCCAAUCCAGUGCCGCAUCCCGGAUGAACUCUUCAGCGACUUCAUCAUGGUCCUUGAAUUUGUCAACGUGUUUGCAGAGCUCCUGGAACUGAAGGAUGUCUAUCCUCAAGGCAUUACCUUCGACAUGCUAGAACAUGCUCUUGUUGAGAAGGAAGUUGCAGGUGUGAUGAAUGACAUUCUGCAGCUGCUACUCCAGGCCAUCUUCACUCUACAAGAAGAGGAAGAUGAUGAAGUGGAGGCAGACAACACAGUAGAAGAAGUGAUGGAAGUGGACACUGAGGACAUAUCAAUUCAGGAGGCAGUGCGUUUGGCCAACCGUGCUUCCACUUGGAGCCAGCAGUACCAUGGUGUGCCCCUUCAGAAGGCACCACUUGAUGCCCUCACCCUCUCAGAAGUCCUGCGCUUGCACAUCCUGGCCUCGGGAGCCACUAGUGUAGCUAAUGCCAGAUGGAGACAUUUCAACCGUGGUGGCUUUAAGAAUCGGGAUGACCCGGGGCUGCAGUUCAAGUUGGAAGAGCCAGCUAUCAUCAAGGCCCUAAACACACAAGCAGUCUCAGAUCUGCCUUUAGCAAACAAGCUAAAAAUCCUCAGUCUCCUGGGGCUUCUAACCUACGCCUCAGUUCGUGAUGUCAUUGAUGAGAACAUAGAUAAACUGAAGGAGAUGAAGAACAAGUUGCGCAUUCACCAGUUGACUCAGAUAAAGAAGGAAAAGAUCGAAAAUGCUGCUCGAUUGCAGGAGAAAAGGGAGAGAAAGCAAAAAGAGAGAGAGAGGCUGCUGAAGGAAGCUGAGAAAAAAGCAGCUGCUGCAGCCAUGACAGGGGAGCCAGACAAACCUAUCAAACUGGAUGAGGAUGAUGAAGAAGAGGAGGAGGAAGAGGAAGAGGAGGAGGAAGACGAGGUAGUGAGGGCAGCUCGACUUCUGAAGGAAGAGAAAAAUAAGGAGGCCAGGAGACAAGAUUUCCUCAAGAGAGAGAGAGAACUGAUGCAGCAGGUACUGAGCAUGGCAAAGGGUGUGAGCAUCACUCCACUUGGCCAAGACAGAGCCUACCGUCGUUACUGGAUCUUCAAUUCAUUACCAGGUCUCUUCGUAGAAGACAAUGAGCUAAAUCCAGGCACUUGUAGGCCAACACCCACACCCUACAACCCUGAUUCAAACCUUGACAUGACAGAAGCCCUCCAGGAUCUGUUCAGAGUCCAGGCUGAGAAGAAUAUCGAGAUGAUCAGUACUGAAAAGGAUGACAAGAACAACAGCGACAAGGAGAACGAUGGCAGCGACAGCCCAGCCAAACAAGGGAAAGCUUCGCCAAACAAGAAAUUGCUGCAGACUCCUGACCAGAACCAGCACCCAGACCAGAUCGAGGUUAAGAAGCAGCCUUCUGCUGAGGGAGUUGAUUUAAUUGAAAAGAUGGAAGUCAAUCCCCCACACUUGACAAAUGGUGAUGUGAAAAUGGAAUGUGAAGUUGACAGUGUGAACAAUGUGAUGGUUAGUGACGAUAAUCACCCAGAUGUAUUUGGACUCUGCUGGGCAAAUCCGAAGACGUGCCCAGUGCACGCAGAGAGAACUGAUCGCCAUUUCUGGUAUUUUUUCCAUCGCAUGGAAGACUAUCACUCUUUAACAGAGUCACUGAAUGAGAGAGGCUAUAGAGAAAACAAAUUGAAAGCGAAUUUAGAGUGCUAUAAAACAACAAUAGAAACCUCAUUAAGAAUGUGCCCAGUGUACAAACUUGACCCAUCUCAGGAACCAGAAAUUGACCUCUCUAUCCGCAAGUCAAAUCGCAACAUGACAACAAAGAAGGAUAGUGAUGUAAACCUUAACUUCCCACUGGGAACUCCCAUUGAUGAGAUCCUCCAGCUGACUCUCCGAGACAUGAUCCUGGAGACAGAGGAGAAGAUUCACUUGGGGAUGUUGGGCUCCCUCAGAGUGGAAGAUAGAGACAUGUGGAGAACGGCCAUAGAGCAAGGAAGUUAUAUCAGAGAGGCGGAAUUGGACUGGGGAGGCCGCAAGCGUAUCUCUCUGUUGAAGGUGGACCUCGGUAUUGAAGUGGGAGAGGAUGAUGUAGAGGACCUCCUUGAUGAUGCCGCUGAUAUAGUCAAAGACUUGGCUCAGGCCAUCCUACAACUUGGCCAGUCUGUUGAUUCCAAGUAUCUACAGCAGCCGCUAGGUGAGACUGAUAAGGCACGGAAGGUGAGAGAACAGGCAGAAGAAAAAAUGAGGAAGAAGAGCAAGAAAAGCACAAAGGAGGAGGGAGAAGGAGGAGAAUCAGAGAGUGAAUCUGAGGAGGAAGAGGAAGACAAAGUUUCCCCACAAAUCACUGACAAUGCUCUUAGAACUCCCAUGGAAAGGUGGGAGAAGUCUCUCAUGACCAGCUCAAGCUUGUCCAAGCUAUGUCUACACUUCAGUACUCUUGACAAUUCCAUAACAUGGUCAAGAUCUGCUCUCAAUGCUCGCUGUCGCAUCUGCCGCAGAAAAGCAGAUGCAGAAAAUAUGCUUUUGUGUGAUGAAUGUGACAAGGGUUACCAUGUGUACUGUCUGAAACCUAAACUCAAGGCCAUACCCUCAGGCAACUGGUAUUGCGAUCACUGUAAGCCAAAGGAGAAGCCAAAGAGUCCCAGGAAGAAGAGACAGAUAUACAAGGACAUCUCAGACGAUGAGAUGGAUGAGGAGAAGACAAGUGAUGAAGAGGAAAGUGAAGUCGAGAAUGAAGAUGUGUGUUUUGUUUGCGAGAAACCUGGAACAUUGAUCUGCUGUGACACAUGUCCCCUAGCCUAUCACCAACAGUGUGCUGACUUAAGAACGGUGCCAAGAGGAAAUUGGUCGUGUGGGGCUUGUAAAGGUACUAAGGAUAGUGCCCAAGAUAAGAAGACAACCAAAGAAAAUAAAAAUUCAAAGGAAAAUAGUAAAGCAAGCAAAGAUAGCUCAAAGAACAGUAAAGAAAAUAAAAACAGCAAAGACAGUUCCAAAAGUGGCAAAGACAAUUCUAAAAACAGCAAAGACAAUUCCAAAAGUGGCAAAGACAAUUCCAAAAGUGGCAAAGAAAAUUCCAAAAACAGCAAAGAUAACUCUAAAAACAGCAAAGAGAAUGCCAAAAGCAGCAAUUCCAAAAAUAGUAAAGAUAACUCCAAAAACAAGGAAAACAAGAACAAGAAGAAUGCCAAUGCCAAGAAUAACAAGAAUGCCAAAAGUGCCAAGAAUGCCAAGUCCUCGCCAUCUCCCGACAAAAAGAGGAGGAGUGAGGGACCAGAAAAUAGCCGCAGUUCAAAGAAGGCGAAGUUGGAGGAACCUGAAGUUGAAUACACAUCACCCAAGAGAAAUAACAGAAGGUCGCUUGUUGAUGAAAACAGUGACUUCAAUUCAGUGGCCCUGGAAACUUUGUUGGAUGAGCUAUUUAAGCACAAGAUGAGCUGGCCAUUCCACAAAGCUGUGUCAAAGAAGGAGGCUCCAGACUACUAUGAUAUUGUAAAGAAACCAAUGGACUUUGGUAGGAUCCGAGAAAAGCUAAACAGCCUAAAAUACGGAACAGAUGAUGAGUUCAUAGCAGAUGUCAUGCUUGUUUUCCAAAACUGCCAGCAGUACAACAUGCAAGACACGGAUGAGUACAAAGCUGGCACAAAACUCUCUAGCUUUUUUAUGAAACGACUACAAGAUCUGGGUUUGAAUUACCGUGAGGAGCCCAUGCAGGAAAACAAGAAGAGGAAGCGAUAAGUUUCAUCCUUAUUCAAGUGCACUUUACAAUGGCAAGGAGAUCCCUCCUUUUAUUGUCUCUGGGUAUAAUCGUGAUUUUUAGUGAAAAGGUUCACAAAGUGAGAUAGUGUAUUUUGAUUGUUGCAUUCGUGAAAUACAUAUAUUUUUUCAUUAACUACUUGUAUAUUAUCAGAACAAGUGAAGAAUGCAGCAGGAUUGCACAAGACAUUUUAUUGAUUAAUUAGCGUAUGUGAGCAAAAGUAGUUUGUUCUCAUCAGCUUCAAUGCGAGCUGCCAAGAUGAUGUAGUUAUAUUUAAAUAGUGAAAAUGAUCUUCAGGAUCAUGUGAGAAGUCAGCUGGCUUUGACCAGGUGAUUGCAUUUGUAAUUGCUUUGUUAAUAAUGUUUAUAACUUAGUUCAAUUCAUGGCAUGACAAGUUGGCAUUAGUAAGUUAGCUCAUUUGUCAUCAGGUUCAGAUUUUACGAGAUUAAUUAUUGUCUCGCUAAUUAACUUGAAAUUGAGUAUGGGUAUUUGUCCUUACAUUUGAUGUAGGUACAGUAAUACUUUUAGCCCUUUUAAAAUGUAAGGGAACCAUGUUCAAGCAUUGUGUUCAAGCAUCAGGUAUACUUUUUUGAGUUCAUUCAGUCUGAAGGGACUCGAGCAUAAUAGGUGUUCACAUCCCAGUUAAUAUAGCUUUAGUAUUCAUUUUGUUACGAAGACCAGUGGGAUUUUGGCUUUCCCAAAUAUAAUGUACAAAAGUUUUGAGUUACAGGACUGCCAUGAAUACAUCAGCAAAGAACUAGCUUUCUAGACGUUUUAUUUAAACUUUGACUUUGCUUGUAAUAAAGGAAAGCACUUUUUUAAUUUAUUUUUUAAAAGUUGAAAAUUUUUCCAAAAUAAUAAUGGUUCUUUGUA